CCAAACUUUCAGCGUUUCAGGCGGAGUUCAGAUCUUAAAACAUUUGGCCAACUUCUUCACCUCUCCACUUCUUCGUUCACAUAUUUGAACCGAGAUCCCUCUGCCCCCCUGAGUGUGGCACGCCUCGGAGGAGUUCCAGCUCAUGGAAUAUCUUAAUAUAUUCAUGGCCACUUUCCAUUUUUGAGACUUUUUAUGGGCUUUAUUAUGUAUCAGUAGGAGCGCUCCCAGGACAGGAGACUUUUUUUUUUUGUUUCUUUCCUCGUCGGAUUUUUUUUUUUUUUUUGUGGGGGGGGGGGUCACACACACAUGCGAUGUCACGGACUAUUAAAAGAAGAAAGAAAUGUUUGUGUUCAGCUCGGUUGUCACCGUAUGAAAGUGUUUUAUGAGUUCAUUUUUUUGUUUUUGUUUUUAAAAAACCAGUUGAGCGACUGGCGACAGGACUCUAUAAUCAAUGUGGUGUCAGCUGGAAGGACGCGGGGUCCGGAUCUCACCUAAACGCUGAUACGUCUUGGGAGUGAUGCACUGGCUUCCCCUGGUUGCCAUGGUGAUUGCCUCGGCCCUGCCCUUCCCUCACAACCCCGUGUCCAGGAUUGCUGCCGCGACGACAGAGCCUGGCUUUGACGAGCGCAGAGAGCACCGACAUGAACCGGCUGCUCGCCUCGCGGCUCCCCCAGUGGACUACAACUUCCACGGAAAAAAUGCCUCACAAACGGACUACAACGUGGCUGCUGCUCUUAGCCAAACACGCACCAACAGACAAAACCUCCACGACCGCAAGGAUUACAUGAAAUCCUCCGUAGAUGAAGAGACUUCCACGUUCAGAGUGGAGAAUCAAGGAAGCUACCAAUCAAAUAGCAACUCAGGCAGCGAUGACAGUGUCAGGUUGGAUGUUCCCACAGAAGGAGGAACGCUCAGGACCCAGGAUGUUUCCAAGGAUAAUUCUCUACCAAAGGACUACAAUGCUGACAGCAGCAGCAGGCAAGAUUACUCAAGUUUUGUGGACUUUUCCAAGGACGCUAUUCAGGACUCUACGGAAAGACUGUUGCAGGUUUCUACAACGGAAACCCUUAAUGCUGUCAGUCCUGCUGCUAUUCUAAGAGGUCAAAGAGGACCAGAACCAACUGUUCCCUCGGACAAGCUCAGAGGUGCGCCUACAAUGACGACGGGAAGCAAGUCGACACCGGGGGCUGGAAGAGGUCUUGCUGAGGAGAGCUUGAACCUGGAGGCAGCAUUUGGUCUGGGGACUGGGCUGGACAGUAUCUUAGAAGGAGACGAUAUGUUUUUGGACGCACAUCCACGGGUCCUGUUCUCGCCCUCCCCGUCGCCUCCAGAACACCCACCUCUCCUGCUCAUGUUGGAGACCGGCCUGCUGGAGGAGGACGGGGACAGAGAAGAUCAGGAGGACAUGGACGCACACAUCGAGGGUCAUGGGGACCGGGCGAUCGACCGGAGCGCGACUCUCAGUUGGGCAGAUUCGUCCAAAGUUACUGCUGAUGUCGUCCACGCUGUUAAAAGGGAUAAACGCUCACACUUGAUCGACAGGAGGAGAGGGGAGAAGUCGGUGUGCGAGUCGGAAAGCGUUUGGGUCACCGACAAGACGAGCGCCAUCGACUCCCACGGUCAGAUGGUCACCAUCUUGCAGGAAAUCCAAACCCAGACAGGACCACUCAAACAGUACUUCUAUGAGACUCGCUGCCGCCAGGCCGAGCAGCGGAGCAGCAACACCAGCAGGUCAAAGGGCGCCGGCGCCGCGCUGAAAUCAAUCGGGACGGGCGUAGCCGGCGCCGGCUGCUUGGGCGUCGAUAAGAAACAGUGGGUGAGCGAGUGCAAGGCCAAGCAGUCGUUCGUCCGCGCACUCACCAGAGACGCGAACAACAGAACCGGAUGGAGGUGGAUCCGGAUCGACUCGUCCUGUGUCUGCGUGCUGCUGUCCAGAGCCAAUCAGGCUCUUGGCGGGAAGGAGGUCUUGACGAGGCAGGGGAGAGGCUGAGACGGACAGAGGAGGAGGAGGAGGAGGAGGAGGAGGAAGGGGGGGGGAAGUCGAAAGUGACACAGAGCAGAGCAGCUGUGACAUCCCUCUGUGUGCACCAUGGAUUCGUUAUUUCUACCUUGAUUUCUCUUUUUUCCGUCCCUCCGCGACAACUUCAAACGACUUUUGAAAAAAACAAGAAGACCUCAAUACUAGAUCUUAGGGAAAAUUGUCAUAUAUAUAUAGAGAGAGUACUGUUUUUGUAUGAUUCAUCUUUCAUAAUCUAAGUUAUUUUUGAUUAGUAUGUAAGCAUGUGUAUGUCUUUGAUAUUAAUAUAUUCCUUUAUAUACGUGUACAAUAUGACACCCGUAUACCUUUAUGUAUGAAGCUAUGUAUAUCUGUGUGUAUUUAUAGAAGAAGUCUUCAUGGAGUGGUAGGUCUCUCCAGUGUCUGAUGAUAAUUCCAGCCUCCGGGUUUGCUCGGGUUGUGAGAGGAAGGAGCGCCACCUACUGAGGCUCCAUUUCACUGCUCCACACUGUUCAGAUGGAGAACCAGAAAUAUUGUAUAACAGUGCUUUUUUUUUUUUUUUUAAGCGACUCAGUCUGAUGGAGUAAUUAAAAAAAAAGAAAAAAAAAAGUACUGGAUAAUCGACAUCAUGGGCGGGCACGGACAGGUUGACAUCUCUGUCGUCUGUGGAACUUGUUUUUGUGUGUUUUCAUCAACGUGGUUUUGUUAAUUAAUACAACACCAAAACAACCAAAAUGUUACCAUCAGCUGGUUUGUUCAGUUUGCCUGCCAAAUGUGGUAAUAAAGGAUCUUUGUACUCGGCAAAUUAUUGGUACUGUACACAACACGCAGAGCUGAAGUACACAAGCGUGGUUAGUAACUAUAAUUGGGUUAACAGAUUAACUAUAAUCCACUCGUGUUUGUUAGAUUGUAGCUGCAUUGUCAAGGAUUAUGUCUUUGGUAGCUCACCUGGUAGAGCGUGCACACCGUGCCACAGCAGCCCAGGUUCGAUACCAUUUCACCUCCUUCUCUACCCCCUUUCUAUCUGCUUUAAACUCUCAGAGAAAGCAAUAUCUAUAAAAAAAAAACCCAGUGUGAAAGCCGCUGAUCUGGCAUAUGUGGUUUCUUAGACACGUGCUUCACUUUGUGGCUUACUGCCGCAAUAAAAA